CUUCCAGUGGAAGCUCCAUCUCAACCUCCAUUCUAGGCAUGUCAUCUCGCGACCAGACUUUGUAGUGGUGAAAUUCGUAACCGUCUUGUUUAGGGUAUUUUAAUUUUGUUUUUACAAGGAAUUACUUUAUCUUAUUAUUCGUUUAGACUAUUACAAAAAAAUCGCCAGGAUGGGCUGCGCCGGAUUCACCUGCUCCAAGCACUCCCUCUGUGCGCUCAAUAUCCUCUAUGUUAUGGUGAGUCUGCUGAUGAUCGGCAUCGCUGCAUGGGGGAAGUGGUUCGGCCUGGUGUCAAGCUUCCAGGUGGUGGGUGGAAUCAUCGGAGUGGGGGUGUUCCUGUUCUUGGUGGCGUUGGUCGGCCUCAUCGGGGCCGUGAAGCACCACCAGGUCCUACUCUUCUUCUAUAUGAUCAUCCUCUUCAUGGUGUUCAUCGUCCAGUUCUCUGUCUCCAGCGCCUGUCUGGCCAUCAACAAGGACCAGCAGGAACACCUGUUGGAGGUGGGAUGGAACAACUCUCACACCACCCAGAGAGACGUAGAGAAGAGUCUCAACUGCUGUGGCUUCUACUACGUAGACAACAACGGAACCUGCGAUGCUGCCUGUUUCCCCAACCACUCCUGUUCACCGUGUGCUGAGCAGAUCCAGGAGCAUGCAGGAGAGGUGCUGCGCUUCGUGGGCGGGAUAGGCCUCUUCUUCAGCUUCACUGAGAUCCUGGGGGUGUGGCUAACGUACCGGUACAGGAACCAGAAGGACCCUCGAGCGAAUCCCAGUGCCUUCCUGUAACCGUUGGCAACUGCUGGCUUUGUACCCCGCUCUUGGAGUGGCCAACGUUCCUCCUGGAGAGCUACUGGUUGCGCAGGCUUUUGCUUCAGCCCUACUCUAACUGUGACACUAAAACAACUGAUUCUUAACAAAUUAGCUGCUCAUCGGAGCCUUGUUCAGCUGAAUCAGUUGUGUUAGUUAAAGCAGGGCCGGAGUAAAAGCCUGCACACCAAGUAGCUCUCCAGGUGGAGGAGGGCUAGCCGCCUGUUUUAGAGGGCUGUGUUUGUAAAUAAGCGAGUGACUUGUGUGUGUUUUAACCAGCUGAGCAAAGCGGUAGCCCUUUGUGUGGUGUUACAUGAAGUGAUUGUUUUUCCAGAAUGUGGUGUGUGUCUGGAAAAUAACUAGGUCAUGUUCAUUAGGCACCAAACGGAAGACAAGAGGAACUAGCUUCACUUGUCGAAUAGGAAACGCUCCUUUACACUUUCCGUUGCUAAAUGUUUUCCGUGGUGUGCCCUAAUGAACACGACCCUGCUGUAUAUUAAAGAUGCUGCAUGAGCCUAUUACCCUAAUAGGACACCUUAAACCACUCCCGAUCAGAACCAUAUCCUGUAUACACUGAGUGUACAAAACAUUAAGAACACCUUCCUAAUAUUGAGUUGCACCCCCUCCUUUUGCCCUCAGAACAGCCUCAAUUCAUCAGGGCAUGGACUCUACAAGGUGUCGAAAGCAUU